AUGUUCACUUUCCAUGAGGAGCAGCUCGCCUCGCCCGUUGGGUACUUUGCCGCACAGCCUGGACAGCUCCUGAAUAACGGCCGCUGGAAGAUCAUCCGCAAGCUCGGGUGGGGGACGCAUUCAUCUACAUGGCUUGCAGAGCACACAGCGACACCAGGCAUCAAGAAGCGGAAUUCUGCUAUCAAGAUCUUCACGCACAAGGCGACGGCCGACCCAUCCACCGCAAGGGAGAUGGGAAUCCUCGAGCGUUCGCGCAACUGGGGGUCAUCGUUCCACUUCCCUAUGCUCCAGCAGCAUUUCGUGGAGAAAAGUUCGUGGGGAGAGCAUCUUUGUCUGGUGCUACUGCCUCAAGGAGCUUCGUUGGAAUCUCUCCGCUCCAGCAAUGCCGAGGGGGGGUAUCUUCCACUGCACGUCGUAAAGAAGAUAGCAUCGGAAACGCUGGAGAUCAUCGCUUCGCUUCACAAGGAAAAGAUCAUUCACGGUAAUAUCACCGCAGACAACAUACUCCUGGCUGCUCAAGCCGGCUGGGAGGAAGACUUGCCUCGAUCGACGAAUAUCGAGAUGAAGAACGUUGCGGUCGAUGGCCUCAUAUAUCCUGUCGUCUUCUCGCAGCCGCUUCCGCAUGGGCUUGAAUGGAACUCGUCUCGCGAGGAUAUCAGCGAUCUCGAGAUUAUUCUCGGCGGUUUAGGUCAUGCUCAGUCGCUGGGGCCAAAUAUCUCUCUUGACGCCACUCGAAACAUCCUUCCACCAGAGGCUAUUUUGGGCAGCGGAGUCGACAGGAAAGCGGACAUCUGGAUGUUCUGA